UUUCAGUGUUGUAUUAAAUUGCUCCUCCAGCUCCUCCUCUCCUCAUCCUCCAAACCCUCUCAUCUGUCAGCAGUGAGCUCACUUUCCAAGUUACAAGGCCAUUCUCAGCACACACUGACAACAUGCUGGGGACCCUCUGCACUCUCAUCACUGCUCUAACAUGUGUGAGUGGUGUGACGGUGGUGACGCAGACGCCUCCUGUUGUGACGGUGAAGACAAGAGAGACAGUCACCAUGGACUGUAACCUUGGGACUGUUACUAAUGAAAGAGCAUGUUGGUAUAAACAGGUUCCAGGAGGAGUUCCUCAGUUUGUACUGAGCUGGUUUCAUGGCUGGAGCUCUGUCAAUUAUGGCUCUGGGUUUUCAUCUCAGAGAUUCAAUUCAAAUCAUCAGUCAAAAUCAGAUUAUCGUUUGAUCAUCAACAAUGUGGAGGAGGGAGACUCAGCAGUCUAUUACUGUAAAACAUGGGACACUUCUGUUCGUGAGUACGUAUUUGGACAAGGCACCAAGCUGAUUGUGACAAGCCCCAGCCUCUCUCCUCCUGUCCUGACAGUCUUCCCUCCGUCCAGUGCUGAGCUCCAGUCCAACCAAGCCACUCUGGUCUGUCUGUCCAGUCAGUCUGUGCCUUUUGCAGAUGUGAGCUGGUUGGUUGCUGGGAAUCCAGUGAGCAGUGGGAUCUCUACCAGCACCCCUGUUCAGAAACCAGACCGGUCUUUCCAAAUCAGCAGCUAUCUGUCCAUCCAGACAUCAGACUGGAACAUGGAUAAGAUUUACACAUGUAAAGUGUCUCUGGGCUCCCAGACUUCAGAGAAAAACAUCAACAAGUCAGACUGUUCCACUGAAGAAUAGUAGAGGAGCAGAAUGACUGUUUAACAUCUGCUUCUUUGCUGUUUGUGCUGUUUGCUCAUUACAAGGUUUCCAAGUUAGAAGAGAUGUGUCUGUAUGCUUGUAAUAAAUGUUGUGACGGUUAGGUGGAGGUGUUGUAUCAGCUUUGCAAUUGCUGCGUUCAACUGAGAAUUGUUCAAUAAAAAAAGCAUUGUGUUCAAAACAAGUCUGUAUUCAUUU